AUGAAGUCCGUCUUGAAGGCUGGCUUGAAGAAGGACGUCGACGUCAGGGUGCCGUCGUCGGAGCUCACCAUCAAGCAGAUCCAGGACCAAAUCCCCGCCAAGUACUUUGAGCGCUCGGCGGUGUGGAGCAUGUUCUACGUUCUCCGCGACAUCUGCCAGCUGCUCGUGGUGUACUGCAUCAUGUACCGCGCGGUGAUGCCAGCGCUAGCCGGUCUUGAAAGCCGUGUGUACGAAGCUGCUGGCGCCAGCUGGGAAAGCUGGGCGCUCGUCAGCGCCGUGAAGCUGGCUGCGUGGAACGUGUUUUGGUUCGUGCAGGGCCUCAACGGCACUGCUGUGUGGGUGCUCGCCCACGAGUGCGGUCACCAGGCCUUCAGCCCGUACCGUUCGCUGAACAACGCAGUUGGCCUUCUCCUCCACUCAUCCGUUCUCGUCCCGUACCACAGCUGGCGCAUCACCCACGGCAACCACCACAAACACACAAACCACCUCACCAAGGACACGGUGUUUGUGCCGCGCAAGGAGAGCAAGGUGAUCGACCUCGUUGAGGAGACGCCGCUGGUGAUGGUCAGUAAAAUGCUGAUCAUGUUUAUUUUUGGCUGGCCAGGGUACCUGUUAUUCAAUGUGGCAAGCCAGGAAUACGGUCGCCGCGUCAACCACUUCGAGCCUUCGUCGCCGCUCUUUCGCAAGGAGGACGCGCACGAUGUUGUGCUGUCUGACAUCGGCAUCUUCGCCGCCCUCGCCGUUUUGGGUCUCUGCACCUACCAGUACGGCGCCCACAACGUAUUUUGCUGGUACGUCGUGCCGUACAUGUGGGUGAACUUUUGGCUGCUCUACAUCACCUACCUCCAGCACACCGACAUCCGCAUUCCGCAUUACAACCACGAGCACUGGACGUUUGUGCGCGGCGCCGUCGCGGCAGUGGACCGCGACUACGGCUUCCUCAUGAACAGCUGGCUGCACCACAUCAACGACUCUCACGUCGUGCACCACCUCUUCAGCCAGAUGCCCUUCUACCACGCGAUCGAGGUAACGCGCCACCACAUCAAAGCCAUCCUUGGAGACAACUACGUGGAGGACAGGCGCCCGCUCAUUGACGCGCUCUGCACAAGCUGGAAGGAGUGCGCCUACGUUGUCCCCUCCGAGGGCGUCAGCGUGUUUUACGGCUUCAACAAGAAGCGCGCGUAA